GCCCCUCUCCUCGCCCCUGGAAGGUUCGGCCCCACCCCCGGGCUAGCUCCGCCCCCACCGCCCGCCGCCCGGGUUGUCCAAGAUGGAGGGCGCUCCGCCGGCGCCGUUCGCCCUCCGACUGCUGCUGCUCGUGGCGCUGCCGGCCGCCGGGUGGUUGACGACGGGCGCCCCGGAGCCGCCACCGCUGUCCCGAGCCCCGCAGGAUGGCAUCAGAAUUAAUAUAACUACCAUGAAAGAUAAUGGGGAGGUAUCUAAAGAACAGGUCGUUCUUAACAUAAUCUAUGAGAGUGGACAGGUAUACGUAAAUGACUUUCCUGUAAAUAGUGGUGUAACGCGAAUAAGCUGUCAUACUUUAAUAGUGAAGAAUGAAAAUCUGGAAAAUUUGGAGGAAAAAGAAUAUUUUGGAAUUGUCAGUGUAAGGAUUUUAGUUCAUGAGUGGCCUAUGACAUCUGGUUCCAGUUUGCAACUAAUUGUCAUUCAAGAAGAGGUAGUAGAGAUUGAUGGAAAACAAGCUCAACAAAAGGAUGUCACUGAAAUUGAUAUUUUAGUUAAGAACCAGGGAAUACUCAGACAUUCAAACUAUACCCUUCCUUUGAAGGAAAGCAUGCUGUACUCUAUUUCGCGAGACAAUGACAUUCUAGUUACCCUUCCCAACCUCUCCAAAAAAGUAGAAAGUGUUAGUUCAUUGCAGACCACUAGCCAGUAUCUUACCAGGAAUGUGGAAACCACUGUAGAUGAAGAUGCUUUACCUGGCAAAUUACCUGAAACUCCUCUCAGAGCAGAGCCUCCAUCUUCAUACAAGGUAAUGUGUCAGUGGAUGGAAAAGUUUAGAAAAGAUCUCUGUAGGUUCUGGAGCAGUGUUUUCCCAGUAUUCUUUAUGUUUUUGAACGUCAUGGUGGUUGGAAUUAUAGGAGCAGCUGUGAUAAUAACCAUCUUAAAGGUGCUUUUCCCAGUUUCUGAAUACAAAGGAAUUCUUCAGUGGGAUCAAGUGAAUGUUAUACCUGUGACAGCUAUCAACAUAUACCCAGAUGAUCCUGAAAAAACCGUUGAAAACCUUGAAGAUAAAACAUGUUCUUAAAACACCAUCUCAAAUCAUGGAAUUUGCCACUUGAAUAUAAUUUUUUAAAAAUCAUUAAUCAGUUUAAACACUAGAGAAAUUGUUAAACUCCUAAGACUGUUUGAAAGUUGACCUUUACAGUGCCAAGUUAAAGUUUACCUUAUGCUCUAAAAGGGCUGGCUAUUCAGAUGAUGAAUUGUUACAGAAAGUUUAAACAAAGUGGAAGAGAAGAUAUGUGAAGAGAGUUUGAAAUUACCAAAAAAAAAAAAAAGCCACGCGCCAAUAACAUUUCAAGGUGCCUUUGUUAAGGAAAUUAUAUCCACUUAUAAUAUAUAAGACUUUACGGAAAGCACUUUAUAAAAUUCUAAUUUAAAAGCUCAAGAACUUAAUAACACUUAUUUUUUAUUCAGUACAAUGUGCCUUUUAUACUAAGUAUAUGACUCAGUAUAAAAUCAUUGAAGUGUAUCGUGAUUUGAUUGUAUCCUGUACCAAGACUACUUGAAUUCACCAGGAUUUAAAAGUAGUGACAUAUUCUCACUCUAAAAUAAACUAUUUUUCUUUUGAGGAAAAAA